GCUCCUCCCGCGGGCUUUGUGCGCGCCUGAAAUCCAGCUGUCGCCGCCCCUCAGAACCCCCUGCCCCCGGAGGGUGCACAUUUCCGGGCCGCCCACCACCCGGAUCGCGUACGUAGCCGCUGCGCCAGCAGAGCCCAGAGCUGCUCGUGCCCGCUCCGUGGCCGUCCCGCCCCAGUAGCCCCCGAAAUGCCGGUCGACUUCACCGGGUACUGGAAGAUGUUGGCAAAUGAGAAUUUCGAGGAGUACCUGCGCGCCCUCGAUGUCAAUGUGGCCUUGCGCAAAAUUGCCAACUUGCUGAAGCCAGACAAAGAGAUUGUGCAGGACGGCGACCAUAUGAUCAUCCGCACGCUGAGUACUUUCAGGAACUAUAUCAUGGACUUCCAGGUUGGGAAGGAGUUUGAGGAGGAUCUGACGGGCAUAGAUGACCGCAAGUGCAUGACCACGGUGAGCUGGGAUGGGGACAAGCUCGAGUGUGUGCAGAAGGGUGAAAAGGAGGGACGUGGCUGGACCCAGUGGAUUGAGGGUGACGAGCUGCACCUGGAGAUGAGAGUGCAGGGUGUGGUCUGCAAGCAAGUAUUCAAGAAAGUGCACUGACGCCUGAGCAGACCUUGAUCUUGAGGAAUGAGUGGCAUGGACGUGUGGGCCAGAAUCCCCUUCUCUGCACAGCAUGGGGCAGAAAUGUCCAGCCACUCCUGGGCAUCUGUUAGCAGUCUCUCUCUUGGCUUUGUCUCUUUUCUUUUUCUUAAAACGAAGCCAUCCCAAUAAAAGUGAUUUCUGCUCAGUA